AUGCCCCGCCUUCCUCCCUCUCUCCUCUGGCGCGCCCGGAGGGAGAUCUCGCCCAUGGCCACCCUGCUCCUCCUGGCCUGUCGAGACCUGCAGUCGGCCGCCAACGAGCUGCGCUGGAUCUGCGAACAUGUCCGAGACACCAGGUCUCCCAUCCCACCUGGUUUGCGCGUGUGGCAGCUCUGUGAGAAGCGUGGACAGGGGGUUCCCUUGCAGUAUGUGCUCGGGACGCAGCCGUUCGGCCAUCUCGACAUCAAAUGUCGACCGGGCGUUUUGAUUCCCAGACCCGAAACAGAAGCCUACACGCUUCACCUCGCCUCCCUCCUUACCAAAGAAAGAGGAACCCUCAACCCCCUUUCCAUAUUAGACCUCUGCACCGGAACAGGCUGCAUCCCCCUGCUUCUAACCUCCCUCCUCCUGAAGCCCCCAAACCACUUACCCAUUCCACCCCGUAUAGCCGCCCUCGGCAUCGACAUUUCCCCCAAAGCCAUAUCCCUCGCCCGCCAGAACCACCAUCACAACGCCCGGCUAGGCCAUCUCCCUCCUCCCGCGGUAACUGAAGAGGGAGAAGCAGAAGUCGCCUUCUACCAAGCCGACAUCUUCUCCCCAACCUUCCUCCAAAGCCUCCAAACAUUCUCUUCCCUAUCCUCUUCUUCAGGUCCCAGUUCCAACCAAACAAGAACAAAAACGUGGGACCUCCUAACCGCCAACCCGCCGUACAUCUCCCCCCGGGGCUUCGCCACCGACACAGCCCGUUCGGUGCGCAACCACGAGCCCAAGACGGCGCUCGUUCCGGGGGACGGGUACCAGCACCCCGACCAUUAUGGCUGCCGACCAGAGGAUGCAUUCUACGCGCGUAUCCUAGAGAUUGCGCAACUGCUCUCGCCCCGCCCCCCUAGACGGGUGCUGCUGGAGGUUGGCGGGUGGGAGCAGGCCGUUCGGGUCGUUACUAUGGCCCUUGCGCAGGGA